AUGGAAAUCUCAAACUCUUCUGACCGAGCAGACGAGUUAAAAGCCUUCGACGACACAAAAGCCGGCGUAAAAGGCCUAGUCGACGCCGGAGUUGAAGAAAUCCCCAGAAUCUUCAUUCUCCCGCAGGCCAACACAAACACAAACGAGAAAAUUGACACCAAAAACAGGCCGGAUUUCGUUGUUCCAGUGAUCGACCUCGGAGCAGCCGAGGAAAACCGGACAUGCAUCGUGAACAAAAUCAGGCAAUCAUCCGAGAAGUUUGGGUUUUUCCAGGUGAUAAAUCACGGGAUACCCGUUAGUGUGUUGGAGGAGAUGAUUGGUGGCGUGCGCAGGUUUAACGAGCAAGCUUUGGAGGUGAAGAAGGAAUACUACACGCGUGAUGUCACGAGAAAAUUCGUGUUCAAUAGUAAUUUUGAUCUGUAUUCAGCUCCAGCUGCUAACUGGAGGGACACCUUUUUCAGCUUCAUGGCUCCUAAUCCACCCCACCCUCAUGAGCUGCCUGAUUGUUGCAGGGAUAUUCAAAUCGAGUAUUCUAGACAUGUAAUGAGCUUAGGCCGCCGAUUAUUUGGCCUACUCUCGGAGGCUCUUGGCCUCGAACAUAGUCGGCUGGAGGAGAUGGAAUGUGCCAAAGGUCUCACUUUCAUCGGACAUUACUAUCCCGCGUGCCCACAACCAGAGUUGACUUUAGGCGCAAGCAAGCACACGGAUGAUGGCUUUCUUACGGUGCUGUUACAAGACCACAUUGGAGGCCUUCAGAUUUUUGUGGAGAACAAGUGGAUUGAUGUUCCUCCUGUUCCUGGUUCUCUAGUCAUUAACAUUGGAGAUAUGUUACAGCUGAUAACGAACGACAAGUUCAAAAGCGUGGAGCACAGAGUGUUGGCGAAUCGGGAGGGUCCACGAGUGUCGGUUGCAUGCUUUUUCAGCACCUCCCUCAUGCCGUCCUCAAGGUUAUACGGGCCAAUCCAAGAAUUGAUAUCAGAAGAUAAUCCAGCAAAAUACCGAGAAACAACUGUGCAAGAGUAUGUUUCCUAUUCGUACGCCAAAGGUCUUGAUGGGACUUCUCCUUUGCUGCAUUUCAAGAUCUAA